GCUUCUUUGGCCUCGUAUCGCAACCUCACCCCACUUCCCCCUUUUUUUGUAUUAAAUUUUUUUUUCUUCAUCUGGAUGCGUCAUCAUGCAAGUAGAACACCUUGACGAAGAACAUAUAGAAAAGAUCUUGUCGGAACUAGAAGACUACCAAAUCAGCCACGGAUCACUUCUUAAGAUCCCACGCACUCUGGCUGACUGCGAAUCGGUCGUGGCCGUUGCUCGCCCAAUUGGCGUUAGCAUUGUUCCCACUAUAUUUCCCCGUCACCUCUUCUAUCAUGCUCUAGACAUUCAAACUCUCUUCAACGAGCUUUAUAUAAAACUUUCUGAGGAUGAGUCUUUCAUUCAAAGUAUUAUCCAGAGGUUGGGAGAGGCGGACGGAUUUGCCGCCAAACUAUGGUCUAUAUGGGAACAUGUAAGGGAAGAAGGAGAGGUCCAACGGCUGAGGUGCGGAAUAUUUAGGAGCGAUUAUAUGAUUCAUCACGACGGUUCGAACAGCCGCGGGAAAGAAGUCACCGCAGAGGAUUAUAUGCUGCAAUGUCUGAUGGGUUCCGAGCUUAAGCAGGUCGAAUUCAAUACCUACUCCUGUGCUGGAGCAACUCACGCCAACGUCGUAGCGAAUAUGCAUCGAUAUCUAGCAGGAAAAGGCAUACACAAAGCGCUCCAUCUACCUACAAACAACGCGAUUAGGUCAAUUGUGGAAGCUCUUCAAUGCGCACAUAGGGAAUACGGCUUACCAGCUGACCCGAACAGAGAAACAGCUAUACUAAUGACGGUCCAGCCAAACAAUGUCAAUAUUUGUGACGAGCGACCUAUCGAGUACGCUUUGUCUGAGUGUGAGCCGCCCAUUACACUCUACCGGGUUGAGUUUGGCAACGAGAUAAUGCGCACAUGCAGUCUUGCGCCGAAUCGCGAAUUGCUCUUUCGACCAGAUGCCGAAAGCAAAGCUAUCGAAAUAUCGAUUGUAUAUCAGCGGGCCGGAUAUGAACCCCAUGAGUAUGAUCAACAAGGAAUUGACGCGCGAUAUAUGCUUGAACGGUCACGAGCAAUCAAAUGUCCAACGAUAUUAUCUCACCUAGCCGGGUUGAAAAAGGUGCAGCAGGAACUCGCUUCUCCUGGGGUCCUAGAGCGACUCGUACCUCCUGAGGCGGUCAGCGUCCUGCGUCAGACCUUCGUACCUCAAUAUCCGUUUGAUACAUCUCAAGAAGGCAUACGAGCUCGAGAAAUAGCAUCAGACAAACACAAAGCCGAGAAUCACGUUCUAAAACCCUCCCUCGAAGGAGGAGGCAACAAUAUCUAUGACCAAGAUAUACCGGAUUUCCUUAGAGCCAUUCCAGAGGAGCAAUGGAGUAGAUUUGUUUUGAUGGAGAAAAUACAUCCCCCAUUGACCCAUGGUAUCCUUAUUUCCCCUAUAGAUACUCACAAAGGACCGGUCAUCUGCGAAUUAGGCGUCUUAGGGACAGGUCUCUGGAGAAGAAAUGAGCAGGGCGGAGAGAAGGUGAGGAUUAUCGGUAACACCACAGCCGGGUGGACAUUCAAAACGAAACCCGAAGAUGUUCAGGAGAUGAGCGUUGUUAAGGGGUAUGGAUGCUUCGACUGCCCAUCCCUUCUCUAAGCAUUUUCCAUCACAGGAAUUUGCCUAUCCUUUCCUCUUAACCUAGCAACCGAUCAAUGCCUUUGGCCGCGCCUUUGGAAUUUCAAAAAAGAAAUUCUUUCUCAUUGUUUGCGUCACACAUGUAUCCCUUUAUAGGCAACAAAGGAACUAGUAAGUAUUCUGGCUGGGAAACAGAUAAACACAAAAUCGUACCUAUUUACGACAACACCGACCCCCUACCCCCUACCCCCUGAAUAUAAAUCCUAUACUUUAAGCUUCCCCGCAUUACAUCACAUAUGGAGUGUCAACAUCAUGUAUUCUCCAAUCUAUCUGCAGGUACGCUGUCGGACAUGUGAUAGCUAAUCUCUCAUUGGUCCUGGGUCGUAAACCGUAGGUACCGUAGGGAUCUCGGCAUUGAGGUUACGUUAUUAUUUUGAGCUCGGGGAAAGCGAACCGUUGCC